AUGGGCCAGUACUUUACAAAGCUGUUCAGCAACCUGUGGGGCGACAAGGAGGUCAGGAUUCUGAUUCUCGGACUCGACGGCGCCGGAAAGACGACGAUUCUGUACCGGCUGCAGGUCGGAGAGGUCGUGUCGACAAUCCCAACGAUCGGGUUCAACGUGGAGACGGUGACAUACAAGAACAUCAAGUUCCAGGUGUGGGACCUGGGCGGACAGACCAGCAUCCGGCCGUACUGGCGGUGCUACUACGCGAACACGGAUGCCGUGAUCUACGUGGUGGACAGCUGCGACCGUGACCGGAUAGGCACAUCACGUGACGAGCUAGCCUCGAUGCUGCAGGAGGAGGAGCUCAAGGAGUCGGUGCUGCUGGUGUUUGCCAACAAGCAGGACAUGAAGGGCGCCAUGAGCGCAGCCGAGGUGUCGGAGGCCCUGGGGCUGCCGCGCCUCAAGAACCGCCAGUGGAGCAUAUACCGGACCAGCGCGCUGAAGGGCGAGGGUCUUGACGAGGGCUUGGACUGGCUGGUCAACGCGAUCAAGGGCACUUGA